AUGUCAGAGAAAUUCCCUCCUAAAGAAGAGAGAGAAUAUCCUUGUCCAACCUGUGGAAAAGUAUUUACUCAUCCAAGUUCCCUCAUCUAUCAUCGUGAUUCUACCCACAAUAAUGGACGCAUGUUUGUCUGUCACUUGUGUGGGUCUGCAUUCAAGCAUAAACAACUUCUUCAGAGACAUUACAGUGUUCAUUCUGAAGACAGACCAUUUCCUUGUGAGGUGUGUUGUGCAGCAUUCAAGACUAGAGGUAAUCUCUACAACCAUAUGAAUACUCACACUGGUCUCAAGAAGUUUACUUGUGAAAUAUGUGGCAAACAGUUUAAUCAUCUGACUUCUUUAACCUUACAUGUGAGGUCACACACAGGUGAAAAGCCAUUCAAAUGUGAUUAUUGUGGGAAGAGAUUUACUCAAAAUGGUAACCUUCAGGAGCACAAAAGGAUUCACACAGGAGAAAAACCAUACUGUUGUACUACUUGUCGCAAAAAAUUUACAACCUCUUCACAGUUCAAACUUCAUAUGAGACGUCACUCUGGAGAGAAAUCUUUCUUCUGUUCGUACUGCAACAAGUCCUGUUUGAAUCGAGAAGCCUGGCAGACACAUGAAAAGAAACAUACUGGAGAUAAGCCAUAUGUCUGUGAAGUUUGCAAUAAAGGUUUCACAGAACAAUACACUAUGAGAAAACAUCUACGAAUGCAUACAACUGAGAAGCCAUACGUUUGCAAUAUGUGUGAAAAAUCCUUCAGUGGGCCAGCCAGCUUACUCAAACAUCGCAAGUGUCACUGUGAGGCAGAAACUUGGCUGUUAUCGGAUCCAUCAACUAUUGAUCAGCUGGAAGGGGAUCAUCGGAUCAUUUAUAUUCUUUCUGAGAAGGAUGAGGGUGAUGCAACAAUUGCAGCACUACAAGCUGUGAAAACUGAAGUUGCGGAAGAGUCUCAGUUGGAGAACAUCACAGAUGGAACAACACAAAUGAUUCAACUAAAUCCAGACAGUCCAACAUUGCAGGGCUUCACACUUUCACCAUACAACCACAAAUCCACUGCCACAACUGUCAUGCUUCAGCAAGGAGCUAAUCAAGAAACAGAUACUAGACAAAUUCAAAUUUGUACUAAUGAAGAUGGACAGUCUGUUAUUCCAGUUAUCAAUUCAUCUGGAGAAACAAUUGCUGAAGUUCAAGGACACUUCCUCUCUGGUGUAAGUUUUAAAGUCAAUGUAAAAAGUUAUUUAGAGGAGAAAAACCUGCCUCUGAAGGCCCUCCUCAUAAUGGACAAUGCUCCAGCUCGCCAUCCAAGUUUGCAGGACUAUGUGCUGCCGGAGUUUGACUUCACCACUGUAAAGUUUCUCCCCCCUAACACAACUCCUCUCAUUCAGCCAAUGGAUCAGGAGGUCAUCGGUAAUUUCAAGAAACUCUACACUAAAUCACUAUUCCAAAGAUGCUUUGAAGUGACCUCUGACACAGAGUUAACCCUGAGAGUUUUGAAAAGAUCACUUUACUAUCACCCAUUGACAAAGCCUGGCAGGAAGUUUCAUACAGAACAAUGA